AUGCAGCCGCCGCCGUCGCAGCAGCAGCGCCUCCUCAAAGUGCUGGUUAUCGGCGACCUGGGGGUGGGCAAGACCUCCAUCAUCAAGCGUUACGUGCAUCGGGUGUUCUCCCAGCAUUACCGGGCCACCAUCGGGGUGGACUUUGCCCUCAAAGUGCUCCAGUGGGACCACGCCACGGUGGUGCGUCUGCAGCUGUGGGACAUUGCCGGACAGGAGCGAUACGGCAACAUGACCCGGGUUUACUACAAAGAGGCCGUGGGCGCUCUGGUGGUCUUCGACAUGACCCGCUUGGCCACCUUCCAGGCAGUCCUCAAGUGGAAAGGGGACUUGGACUCCAAGGUGGCCCUGAGCAACGGGAGACCGGUUCCUGCCGUCCUCUUGGCCAACAAAUGUGACCAACGUCACCUGGGUUUGUGCGCCAAGCUCCCCAAACUGGAGAACUUCUCGAGGGAUUACGGUUUUGUGGAUUGGUUUGAAACCUCAGCCAAGGAUGACACCAACAUUGACGCGGCAAUCUCGUGUCUGGUGAGGAACAUCAUGGCGGCCGAGGAAGAGCGCGUUACCCCAAGCGAGGAUGGCGACAACGGCUUGGUGCUCCCACGUUUCGACUACCACGGCAGGGAGGGGGGACUGUCCAAAUGCUCUGGAUGCUCUGGACUGAGGACCAGGGACAGACAUGGCAACUGA